AUGAUAGGAUCGUACGACAUCAAAUAUGAGCCGCGAACAGCAAUGAAAGCCCAGAUCUUAGCCGACUUUGUAGCCGAAACAACAACACACGACCAACCCACCGAAGUAGACAAGGGUCUUACCAGCUGGACACUGCAGGUCGAUGGGGCAUCAAAUAUAACCGGAGCCGGAGCAGGCAUAAUACUAAGAGGACCACACAAAAUCAAAAUGCAACACUCAAUCCACCUAAAUUUCCCAGCAACCAACAAUGCAGCAGAGUAUGAGGCUUUGAUAAAUGGGCUGAGGAUGGCUACAGUAGUGAAGACUGAAUAUGUCAAAAUCCAGAGUGACUCUCAGCUAGUGGUUAAUCAGGUACUCGGGACAUACGAGGUGAAAGACCCAGAAAUGAAAAAAUACGUAGAUCGGGUGAAAGAGCUACUUACAAAAAUUACCGAAGAGGGCGGGAAAUGGGAGUUGGAGCAAAUCCCCAGGGAAGAAAACACCGAAGCAGACACACUAGCAAAGGCAGGAGCAUCCAGAGAGAUAAUGCCGAGCAUACCAUGCUCAGUUCAAAACUUCAGCAGUAUCCAAAAUCCUGAAGCCACAUUCCUCAUAAACCCUUUAGAUCAGUGGAUGGAACACAUCAUUUCAUACAUCGAGAAUGGGAAUCUGCCCGAAGAUAACAAAGCAGCAAAGAAAGUAAAACGCCAAGCACCACACUUCUCAUACCGAGACGGGACUCUGUACAAAAAAUCCUUCUCGCACCCCUGGUCCAGAUGCCUCACAGUAGAAGAAGGGAAAUAUGUAUUGUCUGAGAUACACGAAGGUAUAUGUGGGAGUCACAUCUCGCAUCUAGCUCUCUGCCGAAAAGCUGUUUUACAAGGUUACUACUGGCCGACACUGGCACACGACGCAGCAAACCUGAAAUUCCUGAUAGUAGCAGUUGACCACUUCUCAAAAUGGGUAGAGGCCGAAGCUGUGUCCACCAUAACAGAAGCGCGAGUUCGAAGCUUCGUCCGAAGAGAAAUCAUCUGUCGUUUUGGGAUUCCAAAAACCAUCAUAACCGACAAUGGAAAGCAGUUCGACAACAAAAACUUCAGAGAGUUCUGCAAGGAAAAAGGAAUUGACCUAAGGUUCACCUCGGUCACCCACCCACAAAGCAACGGAAUGACAGAAGUCACCAAUCGGACCAUUGUUAAUGGCCUGAAAAAACGCCUCGACGAAGCUAAAGGUCGAUGGGCCGACGAGCUACACAAUGUACUAUGGUCAUACAGAACCACCCCAAAAGCCGGCACAGGAAGAACACCAUACAGUUUGACCUAUGGGUGCGAAGCAAUGGUACCAGUCGAAAUUGGCAUGCCCACCAUCAGAGUACAAUACUUCGACGAACAACAAAACGAAGAAAACACCAAAAUUUGUCUCGAUCUGCUAGAAGAAAGAAGAGAUCAAGCAUUAAUGCACAUCGAAGCAUACAAACAAAGGAUGGCAACAUAUCAUAACAAACGAGUCAAACCUUUGACAUUCGAAGUAGGCGACCUGGUACUACGACGAGCGGAUAUAGCAAGAGGAAACGCAGGCAUCUCCAAGCUCGGAGCUAAUUGGGAAGGGCCUUACCAAGUAAAGAAAGUGGGAAAAGGUGGAGCCUAUCACUUAACCUACAUGUCCGGAAGAGACCUACCAAGAACCUGGAAUGCCAGAGUUCUCAAAAGAUUCUACCAGUAGACAACAUUCAGUUAAUCGAGUCUGUCAGGGGUUUUUUCACUUGCAUUUAGGUCAAAGUCGGCUGUAGGCCCAAAAUGCAAGUUUUUCCCCUAUUAAUAAAGAACACAAAGAAAAGAAAAAAC